ACACGGGGCCCAGCUCUAUCCCUCUUGCGCCGAGCGGACAGUAGCAUCGCAGGCAGCCAGAACCGGUCGCUAGUAUACACGCAUGUUAAGUGGUAGUGUUUUAUAGUAUUCCAUGCACUGAGCGAGCUCCUGCAGGGCAAACCGCGCUACCGACAGAUCCUGUAGCACACACCACAGCAUCGCCGCAUCUUUCAGGUGUGAAAGGGGCUAUAUCUGUUUCUCGCGCUUAUACAUGUUAACUCUUAUACACUUUGAUGUGGCCUACCAGCUGUUCUCUUACCUGUCACCUGACGAAAGUCGAUAUGUGCCCAAAAGGAUGCCGCCUACCUGUAGGAUCAUCUCUAUAAGCCCAAUUUAUACAGCACGCCGAAAGCCACAUUUUAUAUAUAAUAUUCUGGGUAAAAAUUUUUGGGCACCACCAAUUGUGUGGACCGAUCCAAAUUUUUCUUCUUUCAUCUCCAGUACGGCCCAUGACACAGCAUGUACCUACGAUGCAGAUUUGUGUUAGCUUGAAUCUCAUCAUUCUAUCAUGGGAAUUUCUUACCUGGACAGUACAUGUUGGAGCAGUACAACGCGAGAAAAGAACCAUCAAAGGAUUUUACCCACUGUGUCCGCGCGGGUGUUCGAGCUGCUCCGCAGUAAAUGGCUGUGUCACGUGUCAACCCCAUUACUUCCUCCUAUUGGUCAGAACUGGGAUGCGUCAGAGAGGCGUGUGCACGUAUACAUGCCCAGCCGGUUACUACGGUCUGCAUAGGCACGCCUUUAGGAAGUGUUACAAGUGCCAGACUGAAAACUGUGAAGCGUGCUACAGUCGCCAUUACUGCUCGCGCUGUCAGGCCCCCUAUGUGGCAUACCAGGGUCAGUGUGUGACGUCAUGUCCGGACGGACAACAUUAUGCUAAUCACUCUAAAGACUGCCGUCCAAAAGUCGACUGUAUGGUUGGACCUUGGGGCGAUUGGGGAAAGUGUACCAGGGAGGGACUGACGUGUGGAUAUAAAUAUGGGGAGGCCAAGCGCUCCCGAGACGUCUUGGAAAACCCGUCCCCGAAUGGCAAUAGUUGCCCUGAGCUAGAACAGACCAAACGAUGCAAACUCGUCAACAGAUUCUGUGUUGAUCUUCUCACUAACAAAUCCGAAGCUCCUAGAUAUAACCGUAGGAGACAGAAAAGAUUAAACCGAAGGAAAAAGAAAUUAAGGAAACUGAGACGGAAGCUGAGGAAACGAAAGAGAAGAAAUCGUCUCCGCAAGCGCACUCGACAACGGAAGUACCGAAAGAAAAAGACACGUCCGCUUGGAAAUCCUGUGGAGGAUAAUUUAGUGAUUUCACCGGAAGUUAUCCUGGCACGAGUGGAGAAACUGUGAUCUGACAAUGUAUAGCUUUGUCAUUUUGUUCCCUGUACAGUUUCUGGCGUAAAGCGUUGUUGUAUAAUUUAUGUCAUAUGUGUGUAUAUAUAUGGACUGUUCGAUGAAGUAAGUAUUGGUAGAGGAAUGAAAUGAUUGCUCCAGAAAACAAACUGUAGAUAAUUUUGAUGGAGAUUGAAUAUGUUAAAGAGAAAGACAACAAAAACGAAACUAGUGAAAGGGCAUAGACAUAUCUAGAAAUACGAAAACUGUAGUAAAGUUCACAACGUUCUCAGAAUGUGAACAUGAAAGUAGACUAAGAAAAGCUUUUGCAGCACAUCACUGGACACCCAUUAAAGGCCAUCCUAGAAUUCGAGGAAAUAACCGCAUUUAAUUCAAUUUAUAAAAUUUUUGAGCAGAAGUAAAUUUAGUCUCUGCUAUGGUUUUCAAUGUUUUUCCAUGGACGAUCAUUUCACUUUAAAGCCUCCUUCUGAGAGAUGACUGAAUGUAAAAGUAAAACCAGAGAAAUCCGAGCUCUAUAGACCUGUUUGUAUGAAAGCUAUAGUAUUCAUGUACAUAGGUUGUAUUCGUCAUUAUGUACUCCGCAGUAACAUUUAACGUGUAUUAAAA